GAGAAGGUGACAGGGGACGGUGAAAAUGGCCACUGCCUAUCUCACUCACCACCAGAAGGUGUUGCGGCUUUACAAGAAAUCCCUUCGACACCUGGAGUCAUGGUGCAUCUUCAGAGACAAAUACAGGUUCUACGCCUGCAUGAUGCGAGCUCGUUUCGAUGACAGCAAGGACGAGAAGGACAUGGUGAAGGCCACCAUGAUGCUGAAGUCGGGAGAGGAGGAGUUCUGGGCCAACCAACACCCUCAGCCCUACAUCUUCCCCGACUCCCCCGGCGGGACGUCCUACGAGAGAUACGAGUGCUACAAGGUCCCAGAGUGGGUGCUGGACCACUGGCACCCCUCAGAGAAGGCCAUGUACCCCGACUACUUCUCCAAGAGGGAGCAGUGGAAGAAACUGAGAAUGCAGAGCUGGGACAAAGAGGUCGCCCAGCUGCAGGCUGAGACUUCAGCCGGAGGCCCCAAGACCGAAGCCCUCCCUCCCGCCCGCAUUGAGGGAGACCUCCCCCCUCUGUGGUGGCAGUACGUCACCCGCCCCAGGGAGCGCCCCACAUAAUAACCCUCCACCCAACAAUCUUCAACACACAGCAACAACAACAACAACAGCAGCACGACGUCUGGCUGAAUUUACAUAUUUCUGUGAAGAAUGUUUGACAAGUCAUUCACCUGUGCAGGUUGCACAGCUGAGAAAACAACUUGCCUCAAUUCACACUGAUGUGACUUUGGGAAGUCCUGUAGAUGUAUCAAUGAAUACCUGUAACUAUUAAUAAAUAAUUAUAUGUAAA